AGCAUUGUUGAUCACCCUAAACCCUAGUAAAAAAAAACGAAACCAUGUUCCAAAAGGUCGUUCUUCCUCGCGCCGCACAGGCGUACCUAAAAAAGACGCAGUUGGACACGCAUUUACAAGCGGGAAUGAAUGAGACGAAUUCGGCGAUGCCAGAAGAUGCAUUCGGCGAUUUGGCGUUGAGACUAGCGAGCAAAUUGGAAGUGUCAUUGCUUUUAUGGCAAGAGUAGUUCUUCGUGGAGUAAGAAGAAAGUGUGGCCGAUUCUACUGUGUAAUGAUGGUAUGUUAGACACCACACCUGGUGUUACAACUCUACUUAUACUCGUCUACGUGUCAAAUCGCCUUUAAUACUUGGCCCGGAAUUCCGGAAGCUACGGGUUUUGCCAAUAUCAGACAAAGACGCACUUUCCAAGCUGACCGCGCAGGAUGAGGGCGGUGGGGGUGGGAGUCCGAGUUCCGUGGAAUGUGAGGUGGUCAUGGACGUUAGGGGAGCACCGGUAUUGGCUUUGAAUCCCAGUCUCACUUCUCGGAUUUAUCGUUUUCGCCUCUCAUCCUGCUCUAUCCCGUAGGGGCUCCACCCCAGAGUCAAGCGUCACCACCCAAAAAUCAAGCAGAACAAACCUACAGGUCCGCAUACAUUCGUUCUCGAUUGAUGUUGGGGAGACUGAAGCUGGCGGAUGGAUGCCUAGCCUCGAUGAACUGAAGGUGUUCUGCGCAGCCCUUUUCAUGAGCAACAGGCGGCAUCUGCUGGAUCUCGGGAUGGUACUAACUUCUACUUUUAUAAUCUGUGGUAGAAAUAGUAUUCACGAAUCUGGUAGUAGUAGCAGUAGUAGCAGUAUUAGUAGCAGUAGUAGUUGUAGUAGUAGCAGAAGUUGUAGUAGUAGUAUCAGUAUUAGUAGUAGUAGUAGUAGCAUUAGUAGUCGCAGUAGUAGUAGUCGUACCAGUAGUAGCUUGAUUUGAUUUGUGUACGAUGAUUGCAAUAGUAUCCACCUUCAACGGCAUACCCGCAUCCCCACGUUACAGAUGUUCGAGUCUGCAGUGAUGGAUGCCAUUUUUGAGACCGUAGGAGACGAGACGGGGUGUGGAAAGCACGAACGAUUCGCUCUGGAGAUGCAGGGGCAUCUGAUACUUGCACACGAGAAAAUACGGUCUAAUGUUAUGCUGGUUAUGCAAAAAAGAAGGAAUAUAAUUAGAAAUAAAGUGCAUACCCGUCGAAAGACUGGGUAUAUGCAGAAUUUUAGAGCGUAACGCGAUAGGAAUAAACAUCCGUCACCGUUUUAGUUGUGUUUAUUCCUAUCCUGACACCGAGCGACCCCGACGAUAGAGAGAAACGCGACGGGAGGAAUCAACGACGCCCCGAAUUGUGAAAAUCGUGCGCAGUUUUGCCUGUUCUGUGUGUUUAUUCCUAUCCCGAGAAAAGUUUCCUAGAUCGUGUUUUCGUCUAUCGUUCUGCAGUCGGUUUAGAGCGAAACUUGUGAAAUGGUUCGAAAUCGCAAAAGAUGCGAAGGUCGUUGGCACAAUUUACGUCGUAGACGGUCGGUUGAGGGUGUUCUGUCGUGCGAGUUGCGCCCAUGGCGUAGUCUGUGUGUUGAGGGUAUUUGUGGCCUUUUAGUCUGCUGAGAGGAUAACUUUUUGAGAGAGUUAAGAGGAUAGCCCGCUGAGGGUAUUGCCGUAGUGUUUCAGCAGUGUUCGGAGGUCGUUGGCACAAUUUGCGUCAUAGGUACUCUGCUCGAAAUGAAAUCUGUCGAGAGUAUUGGGCGGUGAGUCUGUUGAGGGUAUUGCGCUGACUCUGCUCGGAAUGAAAUCCGUCGAGAGUAUUGGGCGGCGACUCUGUUGAGGGUAUUGCGCAGCAUGUGAAAGAAGUGCACACGACGCCGAUGGGAGAGAAGUCCACACGACCCAGCGCCAAUCUGUUGGGGCUGUUUUAUUGCGAUCUGUUAGAGGUUCGCCGCGCUUGUCAAAGAGAAGAGACCGGGAGCUGUCUAGUCGAGUGCGGAGCCAUGCUGCAGCUGCUGCAUUGAGGGACGAACCUGCGCGGCUCUAUUCUGUUUGAGAUUUUUGCUGGUUAUCGGUUGAGGCUUUAAGCCAGCCUCGCAAAUUUUGAGAGUUUCGAAUUAGGUAGGCGCCCAGAGGGGUCCACCGUGCGCCCAUCUGUUUGAGCUACUUAGUGGACAGCUGUGGGGGGUUGAGCUGAGCAAAAGUCUGGGCUUUAAAGUUGUUUGCGUUUCGUUAAGUAAUUGAGCGACUAAGACGCGCCGAACGUGACUCGCAGCGCACUGACGUGGCGACAUACUUACUUAGUCCAUCGCUUCUCUUUCCUUCGUUAAGUAAUUGAGCGACUAAGACGCGCCGGACGUGACUCGCAGCGCACUGACGUGGCGACGUACUUAGUCCAUCGCUUCUCUUUCAAAUCCAUCCAUGGCGUUGCUGCCCCCCUCCCUCCCCCCCUGUUGCGCAAGCGCGUCGAAGCAUAUGAGUGCAUGACUCGCCCGCGAGUACUAACAAUGCUCAUGAGGUACGCGCCGCAGUCAAAUAAAAGCACACACUUUCGCAGCUGUGAAAAUCUGCAACAUGCAACGCAUUGCCAUCUUGUUCGCCGCCACUGCUCCACACCGCGUUCGAUAGUUCUGUCGUUUCUCAUUGAUUUGGGGCGCAGUUUGUCGCGUGAAUCUGUCGCCGUUCCCUUGAUUGUUCGCUUAAUUAUCCUCAAAUGGUGCCCGUUCGGCCUUAUUUGAUUGUGUUAGAAUUGUAUGAUUGCGACGCAUAUAUUUGCGUCCUUCGCUACUGGUUAACGCUCCGAUUUAUGUUUGGUUCACCUGUUCACUCCUAUCGUUCCGUUUCCACCUAAAGUUCUGCAUAUAUCAUCAUCAUCAUCAUUCUCGUCAAUAAAGUCACUACUUGUUUGAGAGCAACCAUAUCAUUCAUAUCAUCAGACGCUUAGAAGUGGGUAGAUCGUUCAUAUCACGAAAUUAAGUUCUUUUAGGUUCCACCAUAGUUGAUCCCCGCAGAAUCUGUUUCCCAUCUUACUCCCCUACCCUUUCUAAUUACAAGCCUCUCUGGGAGACGCUCGUCAACUAUUACGGUGGUAGCCAGUCUAGCUCCGCUCCGAAGAAGCUCGAUGCUUCAAUACCAUCAUUCUUCUGUUGCAAAACGACCUUGAAGAAACCACCAGGCAGUGGCGGAGAAGAGGCAGGCAGCGCGGGCAGUGCACAAACUGGGUUUCUGCCUUGUUUCGGUCUAGCGUUACCAUGGACAGCAGCGCUGCAGGACGAGACAGAGCCAUUCGAUGCGCCGGGGAUAAGAACGAGUACUUGAUAUUACCUUAAGAAUGCGUCAACUACUUCAACAUCAACUUUGUUAAACUUUUCUUGGUUCUGAAGAUUAUUCUUAUUGAUUAUUGACCUCUUCAUCCUUUUCUCAGGCCUUCCCCGCAAUGCCUGGAGAAGAAUGGAAGCCCUAAAGGCUCGUCUAGAAGCGGAGGCGAGAACGAAAGCUGGCGAAUUUCUUACCGUAGACGAAGCAAGCGGUGGCCUAACCACUGAGAAUCUCCCAGAAGCACUGGCGCUACUUAGAGAAGCGGCGGACGCGAUAUUCGUACAACUAUGUCAUAAACCAGUGAACAUCAACCCUCAUUGUGAUUGAAGGAUUUCUGUAGUCUGUACUGAGGCUGAAGAACUGUGAGAAAAAGUUGUGUGGUCUUUCUUCUUGUUUUCCUGAUGGCUUCAUCUGGAAAAUGCAGUCUCCGCUAUCGUCUAACAAACGCAUCAUUAUCAGGUAAAACCCGUUCCUGACCCUGGACCAGUACCAAAACCCAAGUAUACGUUUACACCCGUAAUCUGCAUCCCUGAUGCUGAGGAGAAACUGGCAAUUCCGGAAGCGGUGCUUAUGUCUUGACAAGAUGGAUAGCGACAAGGUUGGUAGUUGCUUGGUUUAUUAGACGUAGGAUGUCAUAAAGAGAGCGGCUCUGUAAUUUCUUCAGGACAUUUGUGAGGAAGUAUUUAAGAAAAGACAUACUGCUACCGAACCUUACUGCUACGUACUUCGGCACCUCUAACCUCUUCGCCACCAAUCCCAACUUGCGCAUUUACGGCAAACCAGAACCGUUUGACCAGGAACUGUAUCCAGGGAUAUUGUUAAGGGUUUCCGAAUUGCAUUCCUCACUACCAUCCCUGACGCUUUUCCAAGUAGAAAAGAGGCCAGGGAUGUUCUGAAGAAUGUAAUUCCGUAACCUCUAAUAUUCCAGUCGCCAACCGGUUUCGCCGUCCUCGACGCUCCGCUUGGAUACGGACAGAGAAAUAUACAGACCAAGAAAACGCCACCGAAAUUCGGUUUUUCGAACUCGCUUUUCGUGGACUGCUCUUCAGUGCCGAAAGUCUGUGAAGCGAAUUUUCCGUUUUUGGACGUACUGCCAUGUAUAGUUUGAAUUCAGAAGCGAGUAGGUAAAUACUAUCAAAACUACCGCGACCACUAUGAAAAAACACCACCAUCCAAAUGACAAUAACCUGAUAACUCCAAAACAAAAGCACAAAUAACUACCAGGUAAUCCUAGCUUCGGACUGUGCUAUCUUAGAAGGCGGCACAACUGAGGCGAUGGCAGACCGUUUUGCGGCUUUAGUUGACAGGGUAAGCGAGGAACAUUUACCGCAGCCUGAGGAUGCAUGAAGAUAGCUUAGCUAUUAGUGGAGGGACGCCAGCUUCAUGAAAUAGAAACUGUUAACCGUAGAAGUUUCAAAUAUUUUACUGACUGAAUUGACGCCAAUCUUCUGAAUGUGAGGAAUCUCUGAACCGUAAAUUUAUUCUCAAUUCGACGCACCGAUUGAUCGACGCCUGUGUGAAAAUUCUACUAAAGAUUCUGACGUUAGUGACGUAGACGAAAAGCAAAGGACAGACGACAAGAAAAACGACAAGAAAAACGACAAGCACUAAGGACUGACUGACUACUUCUUCUGCUGACUACUUGAUGACGCUGUUACAACAAUGUACAAACUAAAACGCGCCGCCCGAGAUGCCUCAGUGGUUGUAAGACAUUAAAGUGUCGUGAUAGUUAUGAGAUUCCGAGAAAAAGGUAUCCUUACAAGCA